AUGAGGAAUUUUGUGCUCCCCUCAGUCUCAGAUUGGAUUGACAGUCACGAGCUUCAUCGCCCAGGAGUUGAUACUGAAAGCAAAAAAUUGGACCAAUAUGGAGUGCCCAAGGAUAUUUAUGCAUUGAAUAUUUUGGUAGAUGCUUUGAUUAAGGAUCGAGGAGUUGAGCAUGCUGAAGAAGUCAUCUUAGAAUAUAAGGAUAUUGUAUCUCCAAAUGCUUCUACUUUUAACAUGUUAGUCCAUGGCUGGUGCAGAGCUAGGAAACUAGGAGAAGCUAGGAAGACCGUGGGCAAGAUGAAAAGACAUGGUUUUAAUCCUGAUGUGGUCACAUACACUUGCUUUAUUGAAUUAUAUUGUCGUGAUAAAGAUUUUCGGAAAGUUGACCGUAAGUUAAAGGCUAUGCAGGAGCUAGGACUUAUGCCUUCUGUGGUGACAUACACCAUUAUAGUGACUGCACUUGGGAAGGCAAAGGAAAUGAAUAGAGCCUUAGAAUUUAUGAGAUGA